UCUGGUGCGGUGAGUGGUGGCCAUACAUACAAACUGUCGCACCGACUCCUCGGCCACUUUGUUAGAAAACAAAACAAAAUGAAAUGACGAGAUUCACUGACCUUUCCCUUUGCCUUUAGCUCCAACACCAACAGGCGUCUCCACAUGCUGUGAUUUAAUAGAAAUGGUGGUGGAGCUCGCACUGCAGCGUACGUUAACCACCCAAAAAAAACAAAAGAAAGUUGCAUUAGCUCUGUUUUGUUGCGGUCUUAUUCAUGAUCCGUGACUAAGAUACGCACCAUAUAUAAAAGGCGAACAAGAUUCUAGAAUCACAGAAUCGGUUGCAAUCAGCGGCGACGUCUGAAACCAAUCGUUCCUCCUCCUCCUCCUCCUCCUUCUCCUCCUCCUCUGGCUGCUGUUCCCUGCUCUUACCAGCAGCAGCAGCAGCAGCCAUGGCGUCUUGUACGAGAAAGGAUAACGUUUCUGUAAACGUAAACUUGACAACUACUUCACUUCUGUCUCGGUUUCUUGUUCUCUUUAUUGUUUCAUCCAUUGCCUCUGCGUCUCAUUUUACAGGGGGCAUUGCGCUGGAUGAUGCAAAGACCAGGAAAAAUGGUUUGUUUCCAGAAAUUUUAAGAGAUGAGGCAGUUGCUAGGCUCAAAGAACUCGGAAAGGUAACUGAUGCCGAAGGAUAUCUUGAGCGAACAUUCUUGAGCCCAGCUUCUGCAAGAGCUGGGGAUCUUAUUCGGAGUUGGAUGGAGGAGGCCGGCUUGAGAACGUGGGUGGACCAGAUAGGCAACAUACAUGGUCGAGUUGAAGGAAUGAAUGCAAGUGCUGAAGCUUUGUUAAUUGGUUCUCAUUUGGAUACUGUGAUUGAUGCUGGAAUAUAUGAUGGGGCAUUAGGUAUAAUUUGUGCAGUGUCUGCAUUGAAGGUUUUGAAGUCCACUGGGAAGUUGGGAAAAUUAAGUAGACCAGUGGAGGUGAUUGCAUUUAGUGAUGAGGAGGGCGUUAGGUUUCAAUCAACGUUUUUAGGGAGUGCUGCUAUAUCUGGUAUUUUACCAAUCACAGCAUUGCAGAUAUCUGACAGGAGUGGUGUGACAGUGCAAAAUGUUCUUAAGGAGAACUCUUUUGAAGCUACAAAGGAAAGCCUUCUUCAGAUCAAGUAUGACCCACAAUCAGUCUGGGGUUAUAUUGAGGUUCACAUUGAGCAAGGCCCUGUACUAGAGUCACUUGGCCUUCCUCUUGGGGUGGUAAAAGGUAUAGCUGGACAGACACGUUUAAAGGUUACAGUAAGAGGCUCACAAGGGCAUGCUGGAACUGUUCCAAUGUCUAUGCGUCAAGAUCCAAUGGCUGCUUCUGCUGAACUGAUUGUAUUGUUGGAAAGCCUCUGUAAACAUCCUGAGAAUUUUAUCUCAUACGAUGGCCAUUGCAAUGGAUUUACAGCAGAAUCUCUUGUUUGUACAGUUGGAGAAAUAUCUACCUGGCCAAGUGCAAGUAAUGUAAUUCCAGGCGAGGUAAACUUUACUGUAGAUUUACGUGCAAUAGAUGACAUGGCACGAGAGUCUGUUCUGUUUGAAUUAGCAAACCAGAUUUAUCAAACAUGUGACCGGCGCUCAGUUUCUUGUGUCAUUGAACGUAAGCAUGAUGCAGAAGCAGUUAUAUGUGAUCCUGGACUCAGUUUGCAGCUGAAAUCAGCAGCUUAUUCUGCAAUGAAAAUAAUGGUGAGCGAGAUUCAAGAUGAAGCUCCGGUGCUGAUGAGUGGAGCAGGACAUGAUGCAAUGGCUAUGUCCCAUUUAACUAAGGUUGGCAUGCUGUUUGUUCGUUGUCGUGGAGGAAUUAGUCACUCCCCUGCAGAGCAUGUUUUGGAUGAUGAUGUUUGGGCUGCAGGUUUAGCACUUUUGGCUUUUCUUGAAAUGCACUUGUAAGUAAAACAAUGUGCUUCUGAUCUGCAUAGUUGUUUAUAUAGCAUGUACAGUAGGUCUUUCCGGACCAAAUGUAAGAUUGAUGGAACACAUAUUGGAAUUUCAUUAUCAAAUAAUCCUAGUGGAUGGUGCUGCAUAUGUGCUAAUGGACCAAGAUGAAGUUACUGGUGAAUCCACUAGAUUUUCCUUUUAUCA